AUGGAUAUCUUUGUUGACGCACGUGUAUUGUGGCUUAAAGUGUUUGUGGCUAACCAAAUGGGCAUUUUUGAGCCGGAAUAUGUGAACGCCUUGUUUGAAAAACAUCGGGAAGAGUUCGAUAAACUUCUGGAUUCACCAUUUCAGGAAAAUGCUGAUGUUAAGAAAAUUGUCGUCUAUUUAUGGCGAACAUUCUAUGAUAGACUGGUGGAAGAGGAAAUUAUUGUCUUGGAAGAAAUACCACCAUCACCGCCCACUGAAUCAGAGAAGAAAGAUAAAAAAGGUAAAAAGGGUGGAAAAGGUGGUGGAAAAGGAGGUGGAAAAGGUAAAGGCGGUAAACGACAAAAAGGAGGUGCAGAUGAGGACUUCACCGAACCAGAGGGAGUUGAUCCUGAAACCGGAACAGAUACAGGAGUGGAAACUGGCAUAGAAACCGGAGCAGAAACUGGAGCAGAGACGGAAGCAGAAACUGGAGCAGAAACUGGAGCAGAAACUGGAGCAGAAACUGGUACAGAAACGGCAACAGAAGUACGAACGUCAGGAACAACAAGAACAACAAGAACUACAGUUACUAAAGAGACAACUACUACUGCAGAGACGGGAGCUGAAACGAAAACAGAAGCAACAACCGAAACAGCUCCAGAAACAGAAACAGCAACAGAAACAGCACCAGAAAGUCAAGUGAGCUCCGCACGUACAGGUAUGUUAGUCUUAUUACUGAUGAAAAUUCGACGAGAAACAUCCUCAUCAUUAUAUUAA